AUGGCCGGAUAUAAAAGAAAUCAAGAUUCAUUUCAAGCAUCCAACUCAAAUGAUAAUGAAAAUAACUCAAUAGCUACUAGCAGUAGUGAAGCUCAACCAACAAAACGCCAACACUCAGAAAAUAAUGAUAAGGAAAGCAUUUGUUGGAAAUAUUUUGAACCAUUCAAGGCCCCAAAAGAGAAUGGAACAAUAACAAAAUGUACGAUUCCUGGAUGCACAACAAGAUACAUGUGGUGCGGCUCUACUUCUAAUCUUGUUGGCCAUCUUAAGACUAAGCAUGGUAUAACAAAAUCAUCAACACCUUUACCAUCUACAACGUCAACUAUUAGCUCUAUUAAUUCUGAACCAGAAAUUAAUUUACCAUUAAUUAAAUUUAUUGUUUCCUCUGGAGCGCAUUUUAGUGUUGUUGAUAAUUUAAAAUCUGCUGGAUUUAUUAGUCCGGAAAUUGAUCUAUCUACUUCUAAUAUUAUAAAAGAGCAAAUAGAUAAAGUAUAUAAUCGUUUAUUCCUUCAAUUAAAGUUAAAAGUUCAGCAAGAGAAAUCGACAGUGCUCUCGAUUCAUAGUACAAAAGAUACUAGGUUUACUAUACCAUAUACAGUAAUCACUUGUAAUUGGCUAACUAAAGAUUUUGAACUUCAUAAAAUCUUAUUGCUUGCAAAAGAAUGUAAUUAUUAUAGAAAUAUUAUUGAAGCUUUAGAAAAGUGGGAAUUGACUAACUUAAAAUUUUAUAGUUGUUAUGAUGACUAUUUUUUAAAAUAUUUAUAUAAAUUAAAAGAAGAGAACUAUCAAAAUCUUGUACAAUUACAUGAGAAUACAGACAAUUAUGUAAUUAAUUUAUAUUAUUCAAUACUAAAAAUUUUAGGGAAAUGGGCUAGAGAAAACGUUAAUAUCCAAGGAAUGUAUAAAACUAUCAUAGCUAUUAAUUAUGCCACUGAAAAUCUUGGGGAUAUAAUAUAUUUUUUAAAGUGGAAUAUUACCAGCAUACAACAGGAAAUACAAAAUAUGCAAAUAACAUUUGAUUAUUCGACAAUUAUUGGAAUCCAAAAUGCAAAUAAAAUAAGUUGUGGCGUAAAAUCUUCGAGUUUUCAUGGUUGCAUUUAUCAUCAAAUAGCAUUUCUUAAAUUAGUUGAAAUACCUUUUAUACUGUUAGUUAAUAAUUAUGAUAGCUUUAAAUGUUCCAAUAUCAGAGAGAAAGGGAAACUUUUUAAGGAACUUGAGUUAGAUUCUUUACCAUUUAGCAUAUUCACUGAAUUACUGCAACUAUUUAAACCUUUAGAGCACGCAUGCAAAAAUUAUCAUAAAAUAUCUACGGAAGAGUAUAUAGGUUUAGUAGACAAAUUUGUUAUUAAUGCAAAUAAUAUGUCAAGAGAACUUCAGUUUAGUGACAAUCAAGAACACAAAAUCCUUAAAUCGUUUUUAAUAUCAGUUCCUUUAUAUUUUGAAUGCAAUGAUUUAUUCGCUGAACAGCUAGCAUUAUUUUUAGAUCCCAAUUCUAAGCCAGGUGAAGUUUCAACCGCGGCUAUAAACUGUGCGCUAAAAAAAUGCCAAGCCUAUUAUUUUGAAAAUAUUUUUUCUGGCAAUUUGGAUAAAUCACUACAAGCGGCAAAUAAAGAAUUAAAAUGUUAUAUUAAUCGUCCCCAAUCAUCUUUAGAUGAUGAUAUUAAUCCUUAUGAAUGGUGGAAAGGCUCAAAACAAAUGCUUCCUGGAUUAGCUGCUCUUGCAAGAGAAUAUUUGCCUGCACUAACGGUGGAUAAAGAAGAUAUAGUAAAAAAUUUGGAUAAAUUUAUGAAAAUUUAUGAUGAUGAAGAUAUGGCAGACAAAACAGCAUUUUUACAAUAUAAUAUGAAAUAUAUUGAUCUGUAUUUAUGA